UUCAAAUUUCAUUUGCUACGAUUGCUCUUAGAAUUGUUUUGAAUGCGAUUCCUUUGGUUGUAAUAAAUGUGCAAAUGGAUCGUUUUUAAAUGAUGGAAGUUGUAGUAAUUAUUGCCCAUACUAUUACAAUGUUGUUUUAAAUAAAUGUGAAUAAUUGUGUCCAGAAGGAACAUUUCUUCAUAUUGAUCAAUGCUCUGCAUCUUGUCCAGCAAAUACAUAUAUAUAUCUUUAAACAUGCAUUGCAGACUGCCCUUUUAAAACUAUUUUAAUAGAUUCUAUUUGCUACUAAUGCCCAGAGAGAUGUUUAGUUUGUAAGAAUUAAUAUGAAUGUCUAAAUUGUGAAGAACCUUAUUAUUAAUAUAAAGGAGAAUGUGUAGUGGCAUGCCCAACAGCACUUCCCUAUUAAAAUAAAAUUUAUUAUGCAUGUUAAUCAGAAUGCUCUCCAAAUACAUACGAAAGAGGGUAUGACUGUGUUAAAGAAUGUGAUUUAAUCAUCUAUUAGAAUAAAUGUUUGAAACAAUGUCCCUAUGGAUAUUAUGGGAGUAUUAUAUGUAAGCCGUGUAAAUUGGAGUGCAAAGCUUGCAAUGACUUUAAUAUCUGCACAGAAUGUUCAGAAAAUUUUUACCUUGAACGUAAUUAAUGCGAUACUUAAUGUACAAGAAUCAAAGAUUUGAAAUAAAAGAAAUGCGUUGAUUCAUGCUCUUCACUUUUAUAUCAAAAUGUGUGCUAUGAAACUUGUCCAAUAAACACAUAUUAAUAUGCAAAUACUUGUCUUCAAAAGUGCUUAGAUGGAUAUUUUGGUUCAACAGAAUUCAAAUGUGAAAAAUGUAGUUCUUAAUGUAUCACAUGCACAUCUUUUAAUUAAUGUAAUAGUUGUAAAAUUGGAUAUUACUUAUAUCAGUAAUAAUGUUUAGAUUAAUGUCCUGGCAAAUUAUUUUCAAAUCCAUCAACCAGUUAAUGCUCAUAAUCAUGUCCAGAUAAAUUAUAUAUCUUUAAUAAUUAAUGCUUGUAUGAAUGUCCAAGUAAUUAUUAUAAUGACACUGAAAAUUAUAAAUGCGUUUCAUCUUGUGGCAAAUAGCAAUAUCUUACAAAAAACAGUUGUUAUCCCUGUUCAUUUGAAUGCGAUUAAUGCACAGCUUAUGGAAAUAAAAAUUGUAUAGCAUGCGCAAAUAAUUAUGUUUUGACUGAAGAUGGUCAUUGUUUUGGAAAAUGCAAAGCUGGUUAUUAUUAAACAUCUAAUUCUUGCGAGCAAUGCUUACAUAAAUGUCUCACUUGUUAGAAUGGCACAGAAUGUAUAUAAUGCAGAGGAAAUAAUAGAGAUUAAAUUGAUUGCUCAUGCCCAAAAGGAUUCUAUGAUGAUUCAUUCUAUGAUAAUUGUUAAAAAUGCCCAUGUGAGGAAUGUACUUCUUAAUCUGAAUGUCUAGUAUGCAAAAAUAAUCUCUAAGUUCCCAACUGUUCAUGUAAUAGAAGACUUAAUCAGGAUUGGUGUAUUACUUGUUAAGUAGCAUCUGUAAAGAUAAAUUAUUCAGAUGAUCUAAAUUCAAUCAUAGUUUAUUUUGGAUAUAUGAUAUCUGUUAAUUUAAUUAACCCUUUCUAACCCUCAAGUUGUUCUUUUUGGUUUACAAAUGCUGAAAUAUUUGGAUAAGAUGCUUAAUGCUAUUUGUCUUGGGACAGAUAUGCGGUUCACAUCUUAUUAGAACCAUACGCUUCUGUUAAUGUUGGAGAUAAAUUGAGUUUCUAAUAAUCUUUUUAUCGAGAUGUAAAUCAAGGUCUUUGUGAUGGAUAAUAUAUUGAGAUAUUUAUUGAUGGUGCUGUGAAGGAACCAUAAGUCUAAACUAAACCUUAUAUACUUUUUGAUGUACCGUCUGUUGUAAGUACUUGUAAGACUAUUGAGAUUAAACAAAUAUUGCUUGAAGGAACUGCAAAGAAGAUCCAAGAGGUGCUAUUUUGGUCUCUUCAUGAAAUGGAUAAUGAAGAUUAUUAUUUGUAAAUGGAUGCAUUCUUAGCAGAUUAAAAAAGUGAGUUCAUCAUUCCAAUAGGUACCCUAGCCUCUAAUGUUACAUAUAUAAUAACAGCAAAAUAUAUGAAUUUCAUAAACAGGGUGAAUUUCACAACCUUCACAUUUACUACACUGCCAGACUUAGUUCCUUAUAUCUUUCUAUAAUAUAAUCCUUUGAUAGUAAGAGUUUAUGUUUUCGAUUGUAAAGUCACAUACUCUGAUUUGAAAAAUGAAUUUAAUUUGACUAUUCAAAUUUCUGAUUCCAAUAAUAAAACUUACCUUUCCAUGCAUCAAUCCAUUAACCCCAUUUAUGAAGUCCCAUUAAAUGAAUCUCUCUUACCUAAAGAAACCCCGUUACUUUUUAUGGCAUCAACUGGAAGCUCUAUCAUUCAUGAAAAGAUUUAUCUAAAAUCGAAAAAUAUUGACAUUUAAUUCCUUUAAAAGAAUAGAUUUAUUGGAUUAGACAAUUAAAUUAAUGCAAGAGCCUUUGAUAGAAAUAUAAAAGAUGAAGUGUUAAGUACUUUAAAUAUUGAAUAUUAAUGGUAGUGUAAUAAUUUAUUCAAUUUAUAACCUUGUAAGACAGAAGAAAAUAAAAUUAUGGAAUUUCCAUCCAGAAGAAUUGCUGAUAUUUAUGCUGAUAGUUAAAAUACUACUUUUGUCUUUUUUGUUAAAGCAUCCAAGGAUAAUAGAUGGACAGUAAAAGAGAAGAAAUUUGUAUUAAAUUAAGAAAUUCCUCAAAAUUCUGUCAAUCUUAAUGAUGAAAUUACUAUUUUAAUUAGAAAUAAUUAAAAGUAUGCUUUCAUUAUGCAAGAAUUCAAAAUCUUGGCUUCUAUCAACAUUAAAAGCCAAACUUUAAAGUUUAGACUCACAGGAUUAACAACUAAUUAUAAUAGUCCUGUGUACAUCUAUCUAGUUCCAGGCAAUGAAUCUAUAGCAUUUUAGCUAAACAAUCCUCCUUCAGAAGUUAAAUUCUUUAUAGAUCCUCUAAUAGGCGAAUCUUUAGAUUACUUUAACUAUUCAAUCCAAAACCUAUAACCUGGAAACAUUUUUAGCAUUUAUUACUAUUUUGAGAAACGUAUUCUCUAAAAUGAUGUAAAUCUAUAAUCCAUAAAUUAUGGUAUUCCUUUGGUGAUUAAUUCACAAGAAUUGGAAGGUUCCUUUUAACUUCCAAAUGGAAUUAUUGAUGAUGCAAUAUCCGUUCUGUGUUAAAUUGAAUCAGCAAAGGGAUCUAUGUUCUAUUUAGUGUGGGAUAUUCAAGUCAAUAGAAAAAAUUAUCAGUAAAACAAAUUGUAUGAAUCCUUCAAUAAUCAAACUAAUUUUUCAAAUUUACAAAGUAUUCACACCAUGACUAAACUAAUGGAAAUUGAAUAAUAAUAAGUCUGCUUGAAACAAUGCUCAGGGGUUGAAUAUUAUUUUGAUGAUUGCAGUGGAACCCUAGAAGACUAUAAUAAUUUUGGCAAUCUUAUUUUAAAUGCUUUACAACAAUUAAUUAAAAAUCCAAUAACAAAUGACGAUGAAUUUAGAUUGUAUAGCUAAUCUUUAUUGCAUUUAUCCACUUUAUAAGAUUUAAAUAAUACAAUUACAAAUUCAGAUAGUCAAUAAAUAUUAGAAUAAUACAUUUAAAAUCUUAAUUAAAGAUUAGAAAAAAUCAACUAAUUUUCAAUUAAUCUUGAAUAUUAGUCAACUGCUUAUCUGAAUUACUCUCAAAUUGAUAUAAGAUCAUUGGAAAAUUAGAAUGAUUUACAUACAGCCUUAAAGAGCACAACUCUGCUGUCUAUGAAUUGCAAAGUCGCUUAAAAACCUUUUUGUCAGCUAUAAUUGAAUUGA